UAAAGCGGUACAUUAGCAGCCUGUCUUAUCCCUACCCCCCAAUCCAGGCUAGGCUGAGGCAGCAAAGCCGGAAAGUGCUGUGCCCUUAGAAGUUGGGGGAGGGGGUACUAAACACUUUUUCUUCUUUUUUUCCUGCUCAUCCAAAUAUUAUUUUAAGGAGAAAAUCGGUUUGAUGUGCAGCAAAGCUCAGAGAGAGAAGAGGAGAGCUCAGCCCAGCAGUGUGGAUGUACUGACUGCACAAACUUCCCUUGCCAGUGCAACAUUGUAUCAUUAGCACUCAGAGCAACAUUCUAUUACCUGCACCCAGAGCAACAUUCUAUUGCCUGCACUCAGAGCAACAUUCUAUUACUUGCACUCAGAGCAACAUUGUAUCAUUAGCACUCAGAGCAACAUUCUAAUUCCCGCACUCAGAGCAUCAUUCUAUUACUUGCACUCAGAGCAACAUUGUAUCAUCAGCACUCAGAGCAACAUUCUAAUUCCUGUACUCAGAGCAACAUUGUAUCAUCAGCACUCAGAGCAACAUUGAAUCAUCAGCACUCAGAGCAACAUUGUAUCAGCUUCACUAAGAGCAACAUUCUAUUGCCUGCACUCAGAGAAACAUUGUAUCAUCAGCACUCAGAGCAACAUUCUAUUAUCAGCACUCAUAGCAACAUUGUAUCAGCUUCACUAAGAGCAAUAUUCUAUUGCCUGCACUCAGAGCAACAUUGUGUCAUCUGCACUCAGAGCAGCAUUCUAUUAUCAGCACUCAGAGCAACAUUGUAUUAUCUGAACUCAGAGCAACAUUGUAUCAUCUGCAGGAGGAGACAGGACUCAGUGCAGCAUUACCAUCAGUAGGGGACACACGACUCACUCUGGGAAAUGUCAUGGGGGGCAGUGUGACCUGGAUCUGGCAAGGGCCCUCACUUGGAAAGCCACCGAUCAGUGGCCCCCCUUUAAGAUGAGUAACCGCUUGGAAGCAUGGCGAAUGGGACUGGAAACAGUAUGUUAAAAUGCGUGGUGGUGGGUGAUGGGGCGGUGGGGAAAACUUGUCUGCUCAUGAGCUAUGCCAAUGAUGCUUUCCCUGAGGAGUAUGUACCUACCGUGUUUGACCACUAUGCAGUCAGCGUUACGGUCGGAGGCAGACAGUACCUUCUUGGACUCUAUGACACUGCAGGACAAGAAGAUUAUGAUCGCUUGAGACCGUUGUCUUAUCCCAUGACGGAUGUUUUCUUGAUCUGUUUCUCUGUGGUAAACCCCGCUUCAUUUCAGAACGUGAAUGAGGAAUGGAUACCAGAGUUAAAAGAAUAUGCACCGAAUGUACCUUUUUUAUUGGUCGGAACACAGACCGACCUUAGAGAUGAUCCCAAAACUUUAGCAAAACUAAAUGAUGUGAAAGAGAAACCCAUUACUAUGGAUCAGGGGCAGAAACUGGCGAAGGAGAUCGGGGCGUGCUGCUAUGUCGAGUGCUCUGCCUUAACGCAAAAAGGACUGAAGGCUGUUUUUGAUGAGUCCAUUAUUGCGAUCUUAACUCCAAAGAAAAACCCCAUGAAAAAAAGGAUAGGAUCACGAUGUAUUAACUGCUGUCUCAUCACGUGAAACAUGAACAUGCAUGACCUGCUCUACUGUGAGAAGACAUGACAUCUUGUCUGUUGCUGCACAUGAAACCUCCACCACAGCUGCAUAAAUAUUUUAUUGAUCUGCUUUUUAAACACCACAAUUUCCAAAGUGAAAGCAUUUCAAAGAAAAUAAUAUUUGAUCCACGUUGUCUUUGAAAGUAAAAAUAGUUUCCUCAGGGUUUUACAAGCUACAACUGUCCCAUGUCUCAUGGGGCUGCGGCACACAGACAACAAUCCGUCCGAACUUGAUCUCUCCAAUGUGAUGUCAAUGCUCCGACUUGGGACGCAUUCAUGUUUCUGGUGGAAUUGGCACAAACAGUCGAUUUAACUUCUACCUGUUUUUGUAUGUGAGUCUCUUCCUGUUCCAAUAAAUCCACAAAGGGCCAAAAAGGAGGCCAGCUACGUACCCCAUCGUAGCUCCAAGAGAACAGGAAAUUGGCCAAACCUAAACAACAACAAAAACAACAAAAUAGUGAAACGGUCCUAAUAAGCACAUGGAAUGUUUGUCUUAAUGGUAGAAGCAAAAUGAAGAGUGCAAGAAUAUUCAAAGCAUUUUAAUAUAUACAAGCACAGUGACGUGUAGAGGGAGACCUUGUUAUAUGUAUCAAGUCUCUACAGUAAAUGGGAAAUAUUGUCACCUCCCUAUAACCACCUAUUUAUCAUUGCAUUGAAACACAUAUAGAUCUCAUCUUCAAGAAUCUUUUUAACCAAGCUAGUUAUGGUAUAAGGGAUUCAGUGCUACUUCCGGAAUCACCAUAGCUGCAAUUACUGCAAAAAAGUUUUGUUUGUUUUUUUAUCCAAAAAGAGGAACCCCUUUCUACACAAACAUGGUGUCAACUGGCACAAAGAAAGCAUUUGAGAUGUAGUACAAAAUUGUUCACUUGGGGAUCAUUAUAAUUAAGCACGAAUUGUGGAGAUUUGACAAGGGAACUGCAAGGUGAAGGUCAAAACAGCCAGAGUGUAAUCAUUUUCCAGUUUGGCUUUAUGUGACCUGAGAUUUGCAACUCUCUUGUCUAUUUUCUACAAAGUACAGUUUAGCGAAAGUACUCCUUUCUUAUAUUCAGAUAUUUUGCAAUGCGAGAGAGAGUGUACCAAAAUUACAUUUACUGGUGCCAAAGGUUGCAUUUUUUUUUAUUUUCCCCUCCCUUCACAUUCAGGAUUCUAUGAUUAGUGAGAAAACUAUAUAGUGUAGCACCUUAACCCCUUAAGGACCAAACUUCUGGAAUAAAUGGGAAUCGUGACAUGUCACACAUGUCAUGUGUCCUUAAGGGGUUAAACAAAUUACUGAUACAUUCAAUACCUGCCUAUAAAAUCAUUUACUUAUUUUGUAUCCCAACUGAUUUGGGAAAUUUGCCAUUUUUAGACCUCAGCAAGUCAAGGGUAUAGAAUGAAAGUUAUAAUUGGUGCCUUUUUCGUUAGAGGUUAGCAGCUGCAAUCGGAUAGAAAACUGAACAAGACACCUUCUGACACCCAGGUUUUAAUGAAUUCAUCCAAGAAUGGAUUUUGUAAACUACUUCUCCGUAAUCUCUGUCCCCUUAAAGUGAAUCUGGCAUAUAGAAAGAGUAAUGCAAUCAUUAGAACGGUUUUAUUUUGUAAGCUAUUCCCAGAUGGUUGGCAUGUACACUUGCAAAGUUAUUAAAGUAUUAGAAUUUGUGGACAGCAGUGCUUUGCUGCUGAUCACAGUCCAUAUGUUACAAGCAGGACAUACGCAAAACAAAACCCUUCAGCAUCAAGCUACGCGGGUUACUACAAACUUUAACUCUACAAUAGUACUUACACACAAAAUAAAUCUAGAAAAUAAAACGGGAACUGAUCGAUUACAGCCUAUGAAAUAGAGAUUGUGAAAAUGCUGACAUGACUCUUUCUUAAAAGGCACAAGUUAUACACAUAUCCUGUGGACGACAGUUUCACAUUCUGUUAGCUAUAUAUCUCAAUAUCGCUAGCGAGUGUACAAUUUAAAGGACGCUCUUACUUUUGUAUUUUCUUCCUACUCACCCGUUGGGUUAAAAAAAAAACAGACAGGUUGGCUUUAUGCAUAACUAGUUAAGAUUACCAGCUCGGAACCUCAAGAAGUACUAUGAAAAAAAAAAAUCAUUCUUAUAGGACAAGAACUAGAAAAUGGGACAAAUAAGGGAAGAAAAUAAACAGAAAUAAUGUAUGGAACAAAUUACUUAUUUUGCAUUUGGAAGUGUAGAAUUUUUUUUACAAUGUACAAUGCUUACACCUCCGUAUGUGAUUAUUUACAACAACAAAAAAAGAGCAUUCUGUAUGUAAGAGGAGUUGGACAAGUAGUAAGUAGAAAAUGUUCCUUGGGUGUAGAUCAGAUGACUUUUCUGCUUUUUGUUUUUUUCUGUUUGUUUAUACGAGUAGCAUUUCCCCCCUAUUGCAUACUUAUUUUCCAAACAACAUAUGGAAGAAAUACAAGACAGAAAACACAUUUGUUGAAGGGACACUAAGCACCACAACCAAUACUUGCUUAUUGAAGAGGUUGUGGUAGAUGGAGUCUUUAGGUCUAGUCCCUCCAGGGCUUUCGGGGCACUAAAAACCUGGCCUCCCAAUGUGGUUUUUCAAAAAAACUGCUGUCUUGCACUUAAAGGCUUUCUGCACCACAACCACUAAAACGAACUAUCAUGGCCAGGAUGCUUACACUGUCUUUAUGCCAUAUUGCACCACAACCACUAAAACGAACUAUCAUGGCCAGGAUGCUUACACUGUCUUUAUGCCAUAUUGCACCACAACCACUAAAACGAACUAUAGUGGUAAGGAUGCUUACACUGUCUUUAUGCUAUAUGCUUUAGACACCUUUAGUUUAUUAGUCAACCUCUUAUUUGAAGUUUACUUUCUUAUUUACUACUAGGUGCAAAAUAAUGAUAUAUAUAUAUAUAAAACUUUAACCUCCCCCUUAUGGAUCAUGCCUAUUUCUCUGGUACGAUAUGGUAUUUAUUAGGUAAAAGCUAACUUUCCAGUUAAUGAGGUCAUCAAAAGCCUCUAUAACAUGUUUCUGUGCCUUGAGCACUCAAAUUAUAUCACUUUUUGUUUUGUAUAUCUAAAUGUUUUUUCUGAAGAUGCAAACCACAGAAUGCAUAUUUUAAUUCAUGUUUUAUUUAUAGAAUGUAGUAAACAUGCAGAUAAGCACCUAUCUGCCAUAAUAUACAAAUGCACUAUUAACUAAAAAUGAAACACAGGCAUUAACCUAACUCAAUUAACAUAUCCACGCUUUAAAGCCUGUUUUAGAGAUACAAAUGCAGUACAAUAUGAAAACUACAAGUUUAAGACAGGGCAGGGUGACCACUGGCUUCCAAUAUGGACAGGAAUGCAAUUCCCAUUAUCCUUAGCCAAUUGAGGUUUUGUAGACUAGACAUAGCUGCAAAAAGCUAACAAUCUGCAAAAAGCUAAUGGUUGAUCAUGAAAUCACAGUAUUGAUUUAAUUUGCCAAAUCAUUUCUGUCAAGUAGAGCAGACAUGUCACAUGUCACUAGGGUAUUUCAUGAGGAUGCAGUGCAUUCAGAAAUGGGCCACGAACGCUGACAUCUAUCCUUUUGAAUGUAAAUUUAAUGCUGGCUAAAGAAAAAUUGACAGCACAUAAUUAAAGAACGAAAUUACUAUCACUUUGAGAUUGCUCCGGAGGUGCUUUGGUCAUAUCCAUAUGACUAGACAGCAGUUUUGAUAGCACAAAACGUAUUUCACAAUUAUGUUUCAACGGCUGUCUCUUGGCAAUGAGAACAACUGUGGGAUGAAUCUGCUGAAUCAUAGUCCACUGUAGGCUGAAAUGACGCACACUUAAGACAAUAUCCUUUAAUUUAUACACUUGCCAGUGAUUUGUCUCGGAUGAGGCCUGAUAACAUUUUUAAUACAGAUCCAAAGAAGACUUUAUAAUCCACACAAUCAGAAUAUCAUUUUAGUUAAAGUUAGCAUUUGUUGAUGUUUUGAUUUGUUUGCCAUGUUUUUAUUUCCCUCAUUGUAACGCGCUACAGAAUAUGUUGGCUCUAUAUUAACAAUAUUAUAUAUCAUCUAUGCAUUAUAGUAGCCAGAUUGAUACAAUAUAUAUAUUUGAUUUAUUUCUAGAUUAGGAUGUAAUGGAUAUCUCUUUCUUUGAUACAAAAUUAAGAAGGUACGUGUACUCUAGAUAGUAAGCUCAUUUGAGCAGGGUCCUCUGCAAUUUAUUGUUCCUGUAAAAAAUUUUUUAAUCCCUUAAGGACACAUGAUGGAAAUGUUUCACCAUGCUGGCCUUUUACUUCUAAAGCUGUGUGCUUAAGGGGUUAAUUUAUUGUUAAAUUUCCUCCUUUAUGAUAUUGUAAAGCGCAGCGGAAUAAGGUGGUUCUAUGUAAAUGCCAAUAAUAAUAAUAAUAAUAAUGUACACCUGUGUAAUCCCAGAAUGCCAAGCAUGAAGCUUGGUACUAAGAAUAGUGCGAUGCUGCACGAUAUCGUGGUCUAUGGUGUUAUAGAUGAUGGGGAUUUCAGCUAUGUAUAUUAAAAGCACUCUGUCAUGACAGUCCUAUAUAGCCCCACAUUUUGUCCUCUACAUUAUGCUAACCAAAUAUUGAAUAUUCAGAUAAAUAUUGUGCACUUGCAUCCACAGUGGCAGACAAAUGGAGGUCAGCAUAUCUUUGAAUCAAUAUGUCCUCUGGAAAAUUCACUGUAUAUGUAUGUGCAACCUGAAUGAUGCCUUGUCAUCCACUUGCUUUGUCGAUUUCAGAAUCCCUUUAAAAACUUGGGAGUCAGCUUGGAAAUUUAUCUAGCAGUGUAUUGAUGCAAGUGGAACUGCCACUCUUAAUUUAAGUGGAAUCAAAUGUAACAUUUCCUCAUUCCCAAUGAAUGUAACGUGCUUUUGUAGUGGAAAGUAGUACAUAACAUACUUAACUCCACAUCACUUCCAUGUGCAAUGUGAAAUGAUCAUGAAUUAGAAUAUGUUAUACCAGUCCUGGGGCCUUACUUCCGAAAUUCAUACAUGGGCACGGCCAGUUCCCUUUAAAUUCUAAACUCUCCUUAAUAUUUUAAUAUAUCAUAAAACAAAUAAUAUAUUUUAUUGCCUUAAGAGAUCGUAUCUACUUACCAACUGUGCAGUAUAUAAUCGUAAUGACUGAUUAAAUACUUGCCACCUGUCCAGUGUUACACCUCCAACACAUUGGGUUUGUGGGUGUUGCAUUCCUACCAUCAUCUCUCUACCCUCCCACCUAACUGGCCAAGCAGAGACCAGCUCCCCAUUCAGCCAAAAUCAAGACUUCAUGCCAGCGCAGCAACGUCAGAAAGAUGCGGUUGUUUUGAAGGUUCUGCUUUCCCCUCACACUCUCUACACAGAUUGCUAUCUCAGUAACUGAUUGACAGGUGAAGGAAGGGACCUGUAUAUACAGAACUUUAUGUAUAGAUAAAAUGUAAUCCCUGUUCAUUUAAAACCAAGAUGUGCGAUCCAUGACAGGUACGUUUUAAAAUGUAAGCAAUGUUCACAGUUUCAUCUAAAUUUGGGGCUGACAUUAAAGUGUUUUUAUUAGCAAACUGAGGUUUACUUGGAGAAGAUAGAAUGAUUAUGUGAUCUCUGAAGUCGAGAGCUAAGACAAAUGAAUACUAGAGGCUAAUACUAAACUGUAGAGCUUUUUAUUU